AUGCACAAGAUCUCCAACUUCACGGGCCAAGCCCGUCAUGGUUGGGAACGAAUGACGCCGACCUUCGGGAUGUCUAGACCUCAUACCGACAUGGCCUUUCGUCGACCACAUGGUGCUCCGCCCAUGACUCCUCCCACAAGUAUCGAUCCUACCGUGAAUCUGUCGUUCAACAUCCCUUUCUCCUCCACCUUGGCCGGCCCCGAUGUCGAAGAUGUUUUGCAUGCCAGUCCCGCCGCCUUGCAACGCUGGACUUUCCCCGAAGGCACACCCGAUGGCACUUUUGUUCAUCAGCUGCCUGUGCACACGAGUAAUGUUGAAGGACUGCAAAGGUUAUGCCGACAGGUUACAGAGACCAGUGGAGGCCGUGUGGAAGCCACCGUCACAUCGUCAGAGCCGAAAGCUGUGCCGUCGCUACAACGGCGACCUAACGGUUUGGUGACCAAUGUCUGCGUGACUGGCGACGGCGAAACGGCGCGUAAGAUGCGUGCAAAGAUUUUGAAUGAUACCCCCAUUAUGCUGCGAUGUGCGACCGUCGACGUGGAUAUGCAUUUAAUAGUGGAUGGUUCGCCGAAAGGAAUUCGAGCUAGUGUUCUGGAACACAUGGACACUCUUGCCGCCUACACCGGAACCGAUAUUUUCCUGUUAACACCCAAGCUACACGAUGCGGACAGUGCCGUCGUCUCAUCCUAUGGCUAUGCGUCUGAUAAUGGCCUGGACCAACGCUUCCGAGUUGCUAUUUACGGUGACAUGGAAAGCUCGGAACAUGCCAAGACUCGGAUUCUGAUCAUGAUCGAUCAAAUUCUCAGACGCCAUGUCGACGCUAUCAAGCUGGAGCUGACCAUGCACACGUUAGUGUGUGGCCGCACCCGCAAGAAUAUUAAGCUGAUUGAGGCUGCCACAUGUACCGCCAUCUACUUCCCUCCACCAUUCCCCCGAAUCUUUGGAUAUACCCCUCCCGGUGCGAAUCGUCGAAGCGAAGAUGAAGUUUAUAUUACGGGAGAGACUACGGAGCAAAUUGCUCUUGCGAAGCAGAAACUGCGGGAGCUGGUGAUGGGCGUGAAAAUCUACGUCAAGGAUGUUGUUGUCAACUCUAGCAAGAUUGACAACAUUUUGCUUGACCGUCUGGACAAAGUUCGCAAGGUCAUGGAAAUGAACGGGUCUUACGUGCUUUUCCCACAGUUGGGCAGCCAGCGUGGUCUCGUUCGUAUCCAAGGCACGGAGGUCCUGCAUGUCGAGCGCACGGUUCGGGAGAUUAUGGCUCUGGCCGGUCAAUUCUACAGCGCUUCGUGGUGGAUCAUCAUGCCUGACCCUGGCCAGGGCGGAAUUCGCCCACCCUCGACCGCCGACGUUCGAUCGAUGCUCUCGGAUAUCUGUACCAAUUCCGAGGCCGAGGUUAGCUUUGACAACCUCACAUUCACCAUCAAUGGAUCCGAUGAUGCCGUCAAGGCUGCCAUGACUGUUGUGAAUCAGUUCCCAUUUGUCACCCGCAGUCAGUACCAGAUGCGAGUCAAAAUUGAGCUGGCCAACGAACACAAGGAAUUUGUCAGCGGCAAGAAGAACGGCAAGAUCAACAAAAUUAUGGGACAAAGCAAUGUCCAAAUCAUUUUUGACGGCUUCAAUGAGUAUAACUUUUAUAUCGAUGUCUGUGGAAACCAAUACGAGUCUACCAAGAACGGCCUCGAUCUUGUCGAGCAAGAGAUGCCCGCCUCUAUCUCCUUUCAUGUACCUGACCAGUACCACAAACGGAUCAUUGGUAUCGGUGGACAACACAUCCAGCGUAUCAUGAAGAAAUACUCCGUAUUUGUCAAGUUCUCCAAUGCCAUGGACCGCGGUGGAAUGGGCAAGGAAGAUGAUGACAUCAAGGUCGACAAUGUCAUUUGCCGAACCCCGGCUCGCAAUGCCCAAAGUCUGGACCUUGUCAAGCAGGAGAUCAUGGACAUGGUCGAGAAAGUUGAUGCUGAGUACGUAUCUGAGCGAGUUGUCAUUAACCGCCUGUACCACCGUGAACUGUUGGCUCGUAUGACCGAGAUCGAUGAGCUUGAGAAGAAAUGGAACUGCAAGAUCGAGUUCCCUAGCACGGAACUUGCCAGUGAUGUUGUGAACAUCUCUGGUCCUGAGUACCAGGUUCCCCAAGCCGUCGAUGCUUUGCUGGGCAUGGUACCAGAGAGCCAUGAGCUGCACUUCCAGAGCUCUGCGGUGCUUCGCGAGUACUUUAAGGCUCCCGACUUCAUUGUGGAUGUUCGCACCAAGCUCAAGGAGCAGUACGAGGUCGACAUCAAUGUGGACACCAGCGCCGACCUUCAAGACCAUGGUGAGGGAGGUUCUUCUUCCCCUGACCCGGCCCCGGAAGAUCGUGUGGUGCUCGGUUACACCAGGAACAAUGCCGGUGGCCUCAAGGAUGCCAUCGACUUCCUCAUCUCUCAAUUUGUCGCCCACGGUCUUGAUGCUAACACCGUCAAAGGUGCCAUCCCCCGACCCAAGUCGGACUCAUUCGAAGAGUCAUUGCCCUUCUUUGACUCGAAGCUGUUGCAGCAUGCUCCUGUCCCACUCGUAACUGAUUCUCCAACGCGCCCCAGCUUUGUCGAUGAAGUCAGCGAGCGUGGAUCAAUCUUCGAGCGCCUCCGCAAACCCGGCAGCAUCUCGUCUUUCUCCUCCUUUAUAGGUCGUAAGAACCAUUCGGCAUCCCCAGCCUCCUUCUUCAAACAUGCGUCCAGCAACGCCUCCAAGGCAUCGCUCGUUUCCAUGGAAUCGCGGGAUAGCGGCUACCGCAAUCCUUGGAAUGACUCCGGUGUGAAUCUCCCCGAGGACGAUAUCCCUGUCCUCGGGAGCUCACACAGCCACAAAAGCAGCAACAGCAACAAUGGCUGGCCCGCGCGUUUUGAUACCAAGUUUCCUUUCGGUACGGCACCCGGGGACAUGACACCUAAGCAUGACCCGCGUGCCUCUUUUGACAGUGGUCGCCCUAGCACUUCGAAUUCUACAUCUGGAUACCCGGCCCCAAUUGGGCCACCGCGUUAA